AGGGGCCCAUGUGAAGAAGGGAGGCAGGAGGUCUAAGCGCUGAGCUAGGACUCAGAUACCGCGCCCUCUGGUCUUUAUCCUGACCAGAUCCAGAGGACUGACUUCCGAGCAAGGGCCUGGUACCCCUGGGCCCAGGUUUCCGGAGAACCCUCAGCCGCGUGGUUUAAGCGCCUUUAGGUUGGCCUGGUGAACUGUGGCAACUUCCAGCUGCCAACAGUGUCGAGCGCAGCUCCGCUAGAUCCGAGCGCCUGCAGACGCGGUCUCUGGCUCCUCCUUCUCCGCCACGGGUCGCGCGACUCCAGCUCCGCUGCUCCGGGUGGGGGCAGCAGUCUAAUUUCCCACCCGCGUCUUUGAGCUCCGCAGGCGCAAGGCGCGGAUCAGCUUGGCCCGCAUCUCAGAGCGCAACCUGCCGGAGUGGCCGAGCCUGCGACCCUGCCCCGCGCCGAGGCGAGCCGCCCGCAGUGGGGUAGGGCAGAGGGCGGGGUGGCAGGGGCUCCGUGCAGGGCGCGAUCCCAGAGCUACCGCAGCGCCCGGCGCGGCCCAGCUUCCUUCCCGCUGCCCGCUUGCAAGUUUGGCGGCUCCAAGCCCCGCGCACCUCGGCACCCAGGCACCUUCGUUCCUGCUGGCCUCGAUGCGCCCUGCUGGGCGGCGACUCUCAGAAGCGAUGCCCAUGGAUGCGCUUUUAGUUUUAGGGUUCUGCGUGUGCACGGCCAGGACAGUGGUUGGCUCUGGGCUGGACCCUGACCUUCAGAUGGACAUUAUCAGCGAACUUGACCUCGUAAACACCACCCUUGGAGUCAUUCAAGUUUCUGGACAGCACAAUGGCAGCAAAGCGUUUUUAUUUAAAGAUAAAGAAAGAGAGAUCCAUGCAGCUCCUCAUGUGAGUGAGAAAUUAAUUCAGUUGUUCCAGAAUAAGAGUGAAUUCACCUUUUUGGCCACCGUACAGCAGAAGCCGUCGACUUCAGGUGUGAUACUGUCCAUUCGAGACCUGGAGCACAGCUACUUUGAGCUGGAGAGCAGUGGCCUGCGGGAUGAGAUUCGCUAUCACUACGUGCACAAGGGGAGGUCCAGGACAGAGGCACUUCCCUACCGGAUGGCAGAUGGGCAGUGGCACAAGGUGGCUCUGUCAGUUAGUGCCUCAUACCUCCUGCUCCACGUGGACUGCAAUCGGAUUUAUGAGCGUGUGAUAGAUCCUCCAGAGACCAACUUUCCCCCAGGAAGCAACUUAUGGCUUGGGCAGCGCAACCAAAAGCAUGGUUUAUUCGAAGGUGUCAUCCAGGAUGGAAAGAUCAUCUUCAUGCCAAACGGGUACAUAACGCAGUGUCCUAACCUCAAUCGCACUUGCCCUACCUGCAGUGAUUUCUUAAGCCUGGUGCAAGGAAUCAUGGAUUUACAAGAGCUUUUGGCCAAGAUGACUGCAAAACUGAAUCAUGCAGAGACAAGACUUAGUCAGUUGGAAAACUGUCACUGUGAGAAGACCUGUCAAGUGAGUGGAUUGCUCUAUCGGGACCAAGACUCUUGGGUUGAUGGUGAUCAUUGUAGGAACUGCACAUGCAAAAGCGGUGUUGUGGAGUGCCGGCGGAUGUCCUGUCCCCCUCUCAACUGCUCCCCCGACGCCCUCCCUGUGCACAUCGCAGGCCAGUGCUGUAAGGUCUGCCGACCAAAAUGCAUCUAUGGUGGGAAAGUUCUUGCAGAAGGCCAGCGGAUAUUAACCAAGAGCUGUCAGGAAUGCAGAGGUGGAGUUUUAGUGAAAAUUACGGAAACGUGUCCUCCUUUGAACUGCUCAGAGAAGGACCACAUUCUUCCGGAGAAUCAGUGCUGCAGAGUCUGUCGAGGUCAUAACUUCUGCAUGAAAGCGCCUAAAUGUGGUGAAAACUCAGAAUGCAAAAACUGGAAUACGAAAGCGACUUGUGAGUGCAAGAGUGGUUACAUCUCUGUCCAAGGAGACCCCGCCUACUGUGAAGAUAUUGAUGAAUGUGCUGCUAAGAUGCAUUACUGUCAUGCCAAUACUGUAUGUGUGAACCUGCCAGGCUUAUACCGCUGUGACUGUGUCCUGGGUUACAUUCGUGUAGAUGACUUCUCUUGCACAGAGCACGAUGAAUGUGGCAGUGGGCAGCACAACUGUGACGAGAAUGCCAUCUGCACCAACACCGUCCAGGGGCACAGCUGCACCUGCAAACCAGGCUACGUGGGCAACGGGACCAUCUGCAGAGCAUUCUGUGAAGAGGGCUGCAGAUACGGUGGAACAUGCGUGGCUCCUAACAAAUGUGCCUGUCCAUCUGGAUUCACAGGAAGCCACUGUGAGAAAGAUAUUGAUGAAUGUGCAGAGGGGAUCAUUGAGUGCCACAACCAUUCCCGCUGUGUUAACCUGCCAGGGUGGUACCUCUGUGAGUGCAGAAGCGGUUUCCAUGACGAUGGGACCUAUUCACAGUCCGGGGAGUCCUGUAUUGACAUUGAUGAAUGUGCCUUAAGAACUCACACCUGUUGGAAUGAUUCAGCCUGCAUCAACUUGGCCGGGGGCUAUGAUUGUCUGUGUCCCUCUGGGCCCUCCUGUUCUGGCGAUUGUCCCCACGAAGGAGGUCUGAAGCGCAAUGGGCAGGUGUGGAUCCUGAAAGAAGACAGGUGCUCUGUGUGUUCCUGCAAGAAUGGGAAGAUCUUCUGCCGACGGACAGCAUGUGAUUGUCUCAAUCCAAGUGUUGACCUUUUUUGUUGCCCAGAGUGUGACACCAGGGUCACAAGCCAAUGUUUAGAUCAAAAUGGACACAAACUCUAUCGAAGUGGAGACAACUGGACCCACGGCUGCCAGCAGUGUCGGUGUCUGGAAGGAGAGGUGGACUGCUGGCCACUCGCAUGCCCCAGUCUGAGCUGUGAGUACACGGCACUGUUGGAAGGAGAGUGCUGUGCGCAUUGUGUCAGUGACCCCUGCCUGGCUGAUAACAUCGCCUAUGACAUCAGGAAAACGUGUGUGGACAGCACCGGUGUUUCCAGGCUGAGCGGGGCGCUGUGGACCAUGGCUGGAUCGCCCUGCACGACUUGCAAAUGCAAGAAUGGGAGAGUCUGCUGCUCUGUGGAUUCAGAGUGUCUUCAGAAUAACUGAAGUACUUUAAAACAGACUCAUCACAGGAGAAAAAUGGACAAAAUGGCCAUCCAACAUGAUGAAGAAUAGGAGCUUCUUUCUUUUUUUAAAAUCACAGACGAUUACCAAAGUCUCCAUCUGAGGAAGGUGUUUGGAGGUCACCUUUGGAACCGACUUUGCUCAUUCCUGCUAACCUAGUCCAAAUGACCUACAGUGCAUUGCGUUCGAGUCUAUGGUUGUUAACAGAAUUUUCCGGUGUUGUAAAUCAUGUUUCCCUUACCUGGUCAUUUGCAAGUACAUGGUAAAUGUUGAUGUAUUUUUUGGUUUAUUUUGUGUACUAACAUUGAUAGAGACUCAAUACCAUUGAUUAACUAUUUUUUUAUUUCUGAAUCAAAUUAUAAAAUAAAAUUGCCUAUUGUGAUUUUGCCCAGACACUGCAUACUUAGUAUUGAGAUUCUUGUGCAAUGAAUUGAUAAAAAAUAUGUAUGUAGCAGCCAACCUCAGAAAAGUUAUUAUAUAUCCAACUAUUGAACAGACUUAGAUGGCCACUUGGUCGGCUCAGGCAUGCUGCAGGCAAUCAUGCUACUUUAGAGAAGGAAGGAUGGAAACACAAAUAAGUGUUUGAAAAAGGGCUCUCCCCUUCCUCUUGCAAAAAUGAAAUAUAAACAAAACAAAAAAUAAAAUCUUAACCCACAAUUUAGAAGUAGCAGUGCUUGUAGCCCUUCUUACCUACAAAAGCAAAAUUAUCUUUAUGUUAAAUUUUAUAUUAUUUAAUAACUAACAAAGCACUUCAAUCAUUAUUAAUAAAGGCAUCAUAAUAAUAGAAGUGAAUAGUAUUGUUGACCCUAUAAGACAGAAACUUAAAUUAAGGAGUCUGGUAAACCAAAAGAUUUAAAUCUACUUGAUUGAGGAUACAUCAGGUUUGGUAACCAAGGCUUCUACUUCUUGUCCCAGGCUGUUUUCCACUAAACCAUAUUGCCUUGCAUAGGAAUGAAAGGGUUCUGAGAAAAUCUAUGUGUGUGUUCAGAAGUUACUUGGAACAAUGAAUUGUUUUACUUGAGCCACUGCAACAUUUUUAGGGAUUGUCAGGUAUAAAUUAUACAUAAUGAAUAAAAUAUGUAAAUGGCAUGCUCUCUGAGCUGAGAAGUCAACCUUUUCUACUUUCAGACAAAUCACAAGUUAUUCUGAAUCAAGUUAGUUCUUGGAUUUUCACUUACUCCCCCAACAUUGAAAAUACCUAAUUGUUAUAUCAGUCGUGCUAAAAAUGACACUUAACAGCUACUAGAACUUUUAGCUUAAAACUGUAAAUAUCAUUUACUGUCAUUAUUAUUUAUUGAUAUUUGUUCAGAUGAUAAUUGAAAUCUUUUAUAAUAAUGUAUUUCAUUAUAUGAAAUCAAUUUCAUGUGAUGACUUGUAAUAAAAAUAGAUUAAGUAUUACAUUUGACAAAGACUGAUAUAAUAUGUUAAAUUAAAGCUCAUCUCUAUCUUAAUUCCCUAAAUGAAACUCUAGAGUGAAAAGUUUUAAAAUUACUCUUUUGAAAAUAUUUAUAACAAAUCAUUUAAAAAGAAACCUCUCAUUUUUGUUGGAACCAGGAACAUUUGCAAAAUUUGUGAUCAUAUGUAUGUCUGGGAUCUGUGAACACUGGCCCUACAGGUCAAAUCCAGAGCUUUCCCUGUUUGAUUAGAAUAGAUAGGCUUAUUAAUCUUCCAAAUGUGCACAGUUACAGAGAUAGAAUAGCAGAGUACAGUGGUUUCCACACAUCACGUGGGGCUUAUGAAAGCCCAAAAUAUUACCAUCUUGCCUUCUAAUGAAGAAGUUUGCCUUUCUCUGGUACGGAUGAUUAUUGAACAUCGAUACAUAUUUUAGAAAUGUUGCCACAUCUUUCUCAAGGAACUUUCAAAACUCAACAGUUUUGAGAAUGUGUAUGUACACACUUUUCUGUCUUGCCAUUAGAAUUGAUGGCUCAUUGCAGAAUAUUCUUAUUCAACAAACACGAUCAUAAGAUAAUAUUUGCUUCUCUUUAUUGACCUUAUGGGGGUAUGUUUAAUCUGGGCUAACUUGAUGACAUAACUUUAUUUUCUUUAUUGCACAGUUAAGAUAGCAGUAGCUUCCACAAAUGUGGGAUAUGCUUUCUAUAAAAUAAUGGGUGACAUUUAUGUAUUAUUAAAUAUUGAAUCAGGUGUUCUGGGGCACUUUACAUACAUGGUCUCUGCUAAACUCUACUGGGGAAAUAAAACGAUUAAUAAAACAGAA